AUGGCUAGGACCUCACUGUAUCAUCUGGUCUGCGCCGUCUCAACAACACGGGCUGCUGUUCGGUUCAUGUAUCCCGAAACCGGAUCGACUGUGUCACUUGGCGGUCCAGACCCAGACAAUCCGUCAGACAUCCGCUAUUUUCCAACAAGCUGGAUUGACGACGGCAACGAGCCCGUAAUCUCGGAUCUACACUCCUACAGCCUCGACCUCAUGGUUGGAGGCAACGACAAAUCCAAUUCUCAGCAAGUCUCCAUCUACGUGCACGACCAGAUCUUCACAGCAACCAAUAACGUAGACCUCGUAGGCAUCGUGGGCGGAACCAUUGCAUACAUACACAACGGUUUCUACAUUCAAAUGACUGCCAGGGCAAGCACCAUGGGCAAAUACAAUGGCACCAUCCUCUUCUACUCGGAUCGCUUCAGCUUGGAUGGAGGAUGGGGUCGUAUGGCUCCGGAGUACGCGGAGGCUGCUAAGGCUGUUCGUGGCACCGGUGGACCUGGGACAGAGAGCUUUCUGGAAUCCCCUCUUCCUACGCGCACGUACACCCCUACUCCAUUCGUGCUGUCGAACGAAGCAAAAGCCAAAUGGGCGGGAGGUACAGUUGGGGUGGUGCUUGCUCUUGUCAUAGCAGGAGUACUUCUAUGUCUCCCGUGUCGAAAGAAGCGAAGAGCCAAGUCUCGACAACAGGAAUAUGAGGUCUCGGGCGAGAAAAUGGGAAGAUCUGAGCUGGGGCCAGGUGAGAUGAGGCUUGAAGCAGACAGCGGUGAAAAGCACACAGCUGAAUUGGCGACUGACUGGACUGGAUGGGAGGCGCCGGCGCUUCUUGAAGUUGAACUUUCGAGGCCCCCUGCGAACUCGGAAGGGCAGUCGCGGGAUAGAUCGCCAACAAUAGCGGGUGGUCAGGUCAACGGUUGCCAGGUUUCACAAGCAACGUCGCGGGAAGUUCGAGAUCAGUAG